AUGGGCGCCUGUACUGAAUGCCGUUUAGCUAAGGUUAAGUGUGAGCAGUGCUUCCCAUGUGGACGAUGUCAGCGUUUGGGCAAGACCUGUAUUCCUCAUGAAUCGAAACAAGGCCAGAAUCCCGCCAGACGGAAACGCAAGCGAACCAGCCCCAAAGCUCCUGCCGUGACGGAAGAUGUUCGAUUGGAAUGUGCCUUGGUCACAGAGGCCCGAAAGGAUCACUACGCAGUGAAGCACAUGGUGCGGCAAUGGAUUGCCUUGUCCAUCAAGCGUCGCUCCUUCAAAUUGUGGGCUCGUGCCGGUAACUUGGCCGUGGCCAGUGGGAUUUCCAUGGACGAGGUUCUGAGUGACAAGAAUGAAGAACAUCGUUCCAUGGAUUUCAUCCACCGCAUGAUCACCUCUCCGACCGAAGACCAGUUGAUCAUUGGCAAACGGCCCAUGAAACCCAACGAUGUUCCAGAUAUUCUCUGGAAAGCUGUUGGUAUGCCCACUGAUGAACGCAUGGAACAAGCUCUGGACUCGCGUUGGUUUUUUAUCCGAGAAGUGAUCCAGGGCACCAAUCGAUUCUACGUCUCGCCGGGAUUUGUUGAAACAAUUGGUGUCUCGCUGUCGACCAUUGAAGCCACCUUUCGCGCCAACAGAAUGGAUGUCGCCAAUUUGAUUCAUCCCCCACACACCAAGAAUAGUCAAGAACAGGAUUACAUGACCAGUUUUGCACAACAAUUGGCACUCCACAGCAGACCAGGGAUUACACCCAAACCCACCAAAAUACCCAAUGUUAAGAUUCUGGUUGGCAACGACAAGCAUGAAAUGGUGGUCGAUCAGCUACUCUGUAUUUACAUUCAGCACAUGGACGUCUCCUUCGCCUUGUGCGAGUAUGUGGAUCCCAAUGCCAAAAAAGUGGGCAUGACUGGCCAAGAGAAAGAUGAGAUGGAUCUCGAUGAUUUUUACCUCGAUCUUGAUUCCGUUGCAGGAGGUGAUGACGAUUUCAAGAUGAUAUGUGAUCUUCUCAAGGACAGCUAG